AUGACGGAGCUCAAAAUCACUGACAGCGACAUUGGGGAGAAGUUGCGAGGGAAAUCUGCGAUCGUGACGGGUGGUUCUUCGGGUAUUGGUCAAGGGAUCGUGCAUUACUUGACCAAGUGCGGUGUCAAAGUCUUGAUCGGCGACCUGCAGCCACCCACCGAGCCCAUCGAUGGCCCAGUGUACCAAAAGACGGAUGCUGGCAGCUGGGACGACCUGCUCGCCCUGUUCAAAAAGGCCCAGCAGUUGUUUGGUCGCAUCGACAUAGUCGUGCCCAACGCCGGCUUUGGUGAUCGCGGGGACUACUACUUCAAGCAGGAUGACAACGGAGAUCCCGUCAAGCCCGAGUUCGCGUGUCUCAAAGUCACUCUGGUCGGCCAGAUGUAUACUGUGAAACUGGCCAUGCAUUUCAUGCGUUACCAAGACCCCCAGGGUGGAGUCAUUGUGUCGACCGUGUCUCGAAGCGGCUAUGACUGUCAAAGCAUUCCCGUCUAUGCCGUGUCCAAGCAUGGCAUGAUCGGACUGAUGCGUGGGCUCAGAAACCAUACGCCAACGUGGAAUAUCCGCGUCAACUCGAUCGCCCCCCACGUCACAGACACAGCGGCGGUGAGAAGGGUGGAAUGGCUGGUUCCCGAGCUAAAGAGAGUCGGUAUUCCUGUCAGUACGGUAGAGGAGACGGCGAGAGCAGCAGCCUUCCUAGCAGCGAACGAAGCAUAUAACGGCUGUACCAUCAGCAUCAUGGGGAGUGAGUAUCGGGAGCUGGAGAGCGGCGUGGAAAGGCAUAAGCGAGAUGUCAUGGGCAAUGACCCCAGAUUCAACAUGACUCCUGAGCAACAGGCCGUGAUGGACAAUAUAUUCCCGCCGGCCUCGAAGUGGUAG